AUGUGGAACGAUGAAAAGGACCCAGGCUCAGUGAAUAUGGACAAGGAAAUGCUGGACUUGUUAGUCAAAGAGAGAAGGCUGAGCUGGAAACCAAUGAAGACGACUUUUACCCGAGCGCAUCAACAGUCUGAACAACCCCUCCAAGCCAGCAAAUGUUCAGCCGAAAAGAUCAACAUCCAAGCCGUUGUCACCGGAUACGAAUCCGGCCAAAUCGCAUACUCUGAGCACUUUACCCUAAUAUAUGCUGGCUACAUCGUGGACACGAGCCCAGCAUACGAAUUCUUCGCCAAAGACCGCGAAGAACGACUCAACUGGUACUUCAGCGAGUUUGGCGAAGGUUGACUAUAUGGCAUGAGCCGCCCCUGACCGGAGACAACGGCGUUGUCCACACCAAGAAAGGGUUAUGUAUCAAGCAGGUGGUAGGGCAUAUGUUGUCGGGCCGUGGCCCAUAUUCGUGACGUUUGUGGCUGACAAGAACAAGGUGAUGCGGUCCGGGGGGUACGCCGCCG